AUGAUUCUGUGAGGAAUUGUGUCUGCAGAGAUGCUUAGCUUCGAAUAAAGAGCCACAUUCGGAGUCAUUUAAACACUACUUACAUGUUGCCUACCGCCUUUUUUGUUGCAAUGGAAGUGUUGAAUCAACUCCUCAUUAAGGCCAGAAUUUGCACACAAUAAAACUGUGUCGCAUUGCACUGUUUUGCAUUUUGUUGGUAAUUUAUCCACGUGAUAAUUAAACCAAAAUAACCGGUGUCUCCCUAAAUAGAUCUUGGAUUUGACGCUCAACAGUUGACGAAAUCAUACUGAAUAUGGCUGCAUAUUCCAAGGAAGCGAGUAUUCUAACAAAGUUCAGUCAGUUUAUCUGUUGCCAACCGUCGUCUUGCUUAUGUUGCCCAUGUGAUUGUUUCUCGCCGCUUGAUGACGCGUUUGCCGACUCCAGUGACAGUGACAAUUUCCCAAUAUGCGCCGAACAGCCUUACCGCACAAUCAGAUACCCUUCGGCCAGCUCUCGGCGUUCCUCGAAUGCCGAUUCUCGACGGUCAUCUUCCGAUCGCCGAAGCAGUAUCCCCAUACCGGUAAUUGAUAUGAAACCCAUUGAAUUUUGGUCACCGACGACGAACUCUGAAAUUGUCCAGCCAAGGACGCCUACAAGGCGCUUCGGGGCGGAAUUUCACCAGCUUUCUGAUGCCCAGAUCGAACCAAAACUUUACGGGGUUCCUGAAGACGAAGACAGUCCAGAGAGUCAGCACCUCGGCAAGAUUCAUUUUGGGGUUCGAUACGAUUUUACAAAUGAACAGUUAUUGGUCAGGGUUGUAAAAGCACGUGACCUGCCACCACCGGUUGCUUAUGACCCGGAUAAAAUUGAUCUAGCACAUUCAAAUCCAUACGUCAAGGUGUCUCUUUUACCUGAUCAAAUAAAUUCCAGACAGACAGCCGUUAAACCAAAGACUCAGGCUCCGGAUUUUGACGAAAGUUUUCGUUUUGAUCUUGCGUAUAGAGAAGCACAACGACGACUACUACGCCUAUCUGUGCAGGACUUCGAUAAAUAUUCAAGACAUUGCGUUAUUGGUCAAUAUACAUUGCCUUUGGACGGCAUAAAUCUGAUGAAAGGCGCGUAUAUUUGGAAGGCACUCCAGCCAAGCGCACAGAAUAAUCCUGGACGAGGCGAUAUUUUGAUAUCCCUCAACUACCUACCAUUUGCAGAGCGUCUCCAACUGGAUGUUAUCAAGAUAAAACAACUACUGCAAAGGGACAUAAACGGGGGUUCAGAUCCUUUUGUUAAAAUUCAACUUCUGCUGUCGGAUAAAGUAAUUAAAACUAAGAAAUCAUCAACGAAAAAAAACACAAUCGACCCUGUAUUUAAUGAGAGUUUCUACUUCAAUGUCUCUCCUACAUCUCUUGAUAAGGUAGUCAUUAUCAUAUCUGUAUGGGACUAUAAUUGUAAAAGCAGAGACGGUGUGACAGGUCAGAUAAACUUAGGCAAAUAUUCUUCAGGUCUGUCUGAAAGCACACAUUGGCGUCGGAUGUUUGAGUCUCAACGAUGUCCUGUUGCCCAAUGGCACGCCCUCAAGGCACCAGACGAAUGCUUACCUCUGAUGCAGUCUUCAUCGACGUCAUGACGAAUGAGCAACCUCCUUAUCGAAUUUGAUUAAUCCCUGGAGAAGAUAAACUGAUUUUACAACUGCCAAUUAAGUAUCAUGUAUUGAUGUAUACAGAAGGCGGCGAGGACAUUGCAAAAUAUAAACUAUUAUUGUAUACAACGGAUGUUUAUAAGUGCAAUGGAAAAGACUAUUUCAUGAAAACAUUUAAAUAUUGGAUAUUCUAUUCAACGAGGAGUAUAACAUCAGGCUAAAACAUGGACCUAAAAGUAAACGAAGAAUAGAAUUUCCAGAAUCGACCAAAAUCGCCGUCAAAUUGUUUCUCUAGCAAUACUUCCUCUUGGAAGCGUGUGGCGCAAACAUGUGGCUCCAAAUUCUCGAUGUAAAUGCCACUUGACUCCCCCACCUCCUUCUCUCUCGCUACCCAAAUUAUAAAUGGGUGACAGCAUAUAUCGGGAAGACAAACAUACUAGUUGUUGCAGCAUGAUACCAUGAUUACACCAGUGGACUGGGUCAAACGCAAGGAUAGAGGAUGGGCACUGCGGCCGGUGAACCCAGAACUCCCUGGGCUUUACCUUUUUACAGAGCAAAUUUUUACCUUAGCAUUUUCUUCAGAUGUUCCUUAGUAUGCAUUAGACCUGUGCACGCUUUUACUGAACUUAACUUGCAAUAAGUCGGUACUUAAACACGUAGAUAUAACGUUACUGUUCUGACAGAUGGUUGACAUAGAGGUGGAGCGUGACUUCAGUUCAUACUAUUAACACGUACUCUUCUUUUCACUUCUUACUUAAGAUGUUAUUUGUUAUUCUAUGUCGCUUACUACAACGUCUACAACAUUAACACAGACCUACUACCAGUGGCGUAUCCAGAGGGUGCGCGGGGUGGAUGCGCACACCCCUCCAAAAAUUGCUCCAAAAAUCAACCUUAUUUUGCGAGUUAGCGCCCCUCAACUGAUCAUCGAGACCUCCCCCCACCCACUUUACCUUCUAGCCCUUCCAUCAGCACACUUUGUAAAAUAAAGGUGCGUCCGAAACACAAAACUUAAAGGCACAUGAUUACAGGACACAUCAAAUUGAAAGAGUAACUAAAAGUUAAACCCAACUCAAAACAAAAAUUACUUCCUUCUUCCCUCGCCCUCCUUCCCAACCCCUCCUCAUUAAACAAACUGUUAAUUUUACCGCUUAUUUUCUGCAACAAUAAAAAUACUAAGUACCCUUCCUCACUCUUCUCUCCAUGACCAAUGCUAACAAUACCCUUCCCAUUUUAAACGUUAUAAAACUUGAACUUUAACUGAUUUUUUUUCUCCACAUGCUAAUAUUCUGCGUUGUUUCCAGUAAUUAUUAGGCUAGUGUGGAUACACACAUUUAGAAGUAACUUUUUGUAUAAAACAUAUCAAACACAUCAGCUAUCGUCGAUCAUCGACGAAUUUUAUGUACGUACGCUAUUUUACACUUGUGUAAUAAUCAUUGAGUCAGUGGAACGAUGAUUAAUAGGCCUAAUUUAUCCGAUGCGUUGAUUGAUGGUAAUACAAUUAUGCAACAGGGCCAUUUUGUAUAGUAAUACAGAAAUUAGCACGAAAGUAAAGUAGAACAUAUGAUGAAGAUGCUCAUAAAUGACGGUGUAUGCGGCGGUUUUCUCGCCUGCAGGCGACAGCAGUAUUAUAUUAUAACAUACAAUAGUCUAUGUUGAAUUGACCCCGGUGAACUUCUAGGAUGCCGACCGCUCUGUAUAAUUAUUCAUAGAGAAAUGUCAUGUUUCAUGUUUACAAUUACCUGUUGAAUAUGCAUGCAUAUUAAAAUGAAUUUAUUAAGAUACGUUCAUGUGUAUGAUUCAUGUUUCGCUCGGAUAUUUAGCUUUUGUUACUGUGUUUCUUUUGUAUAAAUUAUAUAUAU